CGGCCAUGGCGGGGCCCCCGAGCGCCGGCCGCGGCCCGCUGUGCCUCCUCGUCCUGGGGAUGGCCGGCUCCGGGAAGACCACCUUCGUCCAGAGAGUCACCGGCCACCUGCACGGCCGCGGCUCGCCGCCCUACGUCAUCAACCUGGACCCCGCCGUGCUCCAGCUCCCCUUCCCCGCCAACAUCGAUAUCCGGGACACCGUAAACUACAAGGAGGUCAUGAAGCAAUAUGGACUUGGUCCCAAUGGAGGGAUAGUCACCUCCCUCAAUCUCUUCGCUACAAGGUUUGAUCAGGUGAUGAAGUUUAUUGAGAAGUGCCAGGACACACACCAGUACGUCCUGAUCGAUACACCCGGCCAGAUCGAGGUGUUCACCUGGUCGGCUUCGGGCACGAUCAUCACCGAGGCCCUGGCCUCUUCGUUCCCAACCGUCGUCGUGUACGUCAUGGACACGUCUCGGAGCACCAACCCCGUGACCUUCAUGUCCAACAUGCUGUACGCCUGCAGCAUCCUGUACAAAACCAAGUUGCCUUUCAUCGUGGUCAUGAACAAGACGGACAUCAUCGACCACAGCUUCGCGGUGGAGUGGAUGCAGGACUUCGAGACCUUCCAGGACGCCCUGAAUCAGGAGACCACGUACGCCAGCAACCUGACGCGGUCCAUGAGCCUGGUGCUGGACGAGUUCUACAGCUCCCUCAGGGUGGUGGGCAUCUCUGCCGUCCAGGGCACCGGUCUGGAUGAACUGUUCGUGCAAGUCUCCAGUGCCGCGGAGGAAUACGAGAGGGAGUAUCGCCCGGAGUAUGAACGUCUGAAGAAAUCCUUGGCCAGCGCUCAGAGCGAGCGACGCAGAGAGCAGCUGGAGCGGCUCCGGACGGACAUGGGGUCCGUGGCCUUGGACCCCGGCACGGCCACAGAAACUUCUGCUUCGGCCCCGGGCCCCUCUGACCUGAUCCUGACCCGGGGAGCGUUGGCCGAGGAGGAGGAUGAAGAAGCCGACAGUGACGCCGACGACAUCGACCAUCAAGCUACGGAGGAAAGCCAGGAGGAGCCGGCCUUCCACAACUUCAUGCGCCAGCCGAAGCAGAGCCGAAGCAGUCAAUGACGGGAGAACCGGGGCCGGCUCCUGGCCCUCCACAGCAGCAGGAGAGCCCUUGCUUCCCACGGGGGCUGCCGCACGCCGGGAGGGAGGGAUCACGGAAUCCAUCCGAAAAAGGUAGAGGCCCGUGUUGGUUCGGUCCCCCAGGAAAGCAGA